ACCGAGAUAAUAAUUUAAUUUGUUUUAUUAUAUUCUCAGUGUUAUUAAUUUUAUGAUAAUUGAUAGUAAAUGUCACGCUAUUGCUUUGACUCUAGCAUAAAUGAAUAACCUUUGAAAAUGAAAAUAGUUCAAUAAUUACCACCGGUUCUUAAUCAUUAAAAUCGAUUUCGUCCGCGUAGUACCAUUAUACGACUUAUUAUUCACUGGUUUAUUUUCUAUUUAUUGCGUAUAUUCAAAAAAAUUAUGGAGAUGGAUGAUAAAAAUUCUAAUCCUGAUCCUACUAAAGUUGAACGGCUUAACAGUUUCCAUCCCGACUGCAAUGAAUUAAAACAAAGAUAUGAUGAAUGUUUUAAUGUAUGGUUCACUGAACAUUAUAUGAAUGGACAUUAUAACAAUGAAGGAUGUAAUAAAGUGUUCGAGUUGUACACAGACUGUGUGAAACGUGGUAUGAAAGAAUACGGAUUACAAUACGAAGAAACAACUGCUUCACACUUGGGAACAAAUAAAGAAAAAACUGCAUUCACAGAUUCAAAAAAGCCAAAGUCGAAUGAUGAAUAACAAUAAAAAGAUAGCAAUGAACAAUAUGACAAAAAAA